CUGAUGAAUGAUGAAUUAGAUUCAUCAUUUGACCUGUUCUCUGCAGUGUUGGGUUUGAUUUAAAAAGAAAAAAAACAUGGGUCAAACACAAGGAAGCACAGACGCAGACCGGGAAGUGACCCUGGAGGACAUCCAGGAACUCUACCGCAAGUUCGCAAGUGAAUGUCCGAGUGGGAAUCUGCACUUGCACGAAUUCAAGAAGAUCUUUGGAAUCAGCAGCAGCUCCACAGAAGAAGAGUCAGCGUACAUGGAAAACGUGUUUCGAUCCUUUGACACGAAUGAGGACGGUAAGAUCGACUUCAUGGAAUACGUAGCAGCCGUGCACCUGGUCCUGCGUGGAAGGCUGGAGGACAAACUGAAAUGGUCUUUCAAAGUUUACGACCGGGAUGGAAACGGCUGCUUGGACAGAAAGGAAGUGAAGCACAUCAUCAAAAUCAUCAAUAAAAUCAAGAAGCACAACGAUCCCGGCGCCACCGAGAACGUCAACGAUAUCUGUGACAGAAUAUUUCAGCUGGUGGACAAAAACAAAGACAGUAAGAUUUCCCUGGAGGAGUUCAUCGAAGGGGCUGAAAAGGACCCGUGGCUGUUGGACCAGCUCAAACUGGACAUCGGACCCUGUGAGUGGUUCAUUGAGCAGCAGGAGAAGAAAACAUGAGGAAAAACGUGUCCAGUCUGCCUCAGGGUGACGAGGCCUUAUCUAUGUUUGCACAGAGAGACGUUUCCUCUCUCAGCGGCCUGUGUUAUUAGACUCAGAGUCGUCCUGGAGGUCUGUGACGGUCCUCAGUCUUCCAGAAACAGAAGAAACUGGACUGCUUCAGUCGCACUGUGUCUCUUUCUCUCUCUAAACAAGUGAGAGGACAUAUCUUCAUGUCCCUGAGGGAUUUUAAAGACGAUGCAGAGCAGACAUCGUGCUUUGGAGUCAUGUUUCUAGGAGAUCUCUAAACACAGACUGUGUUAAAGUUUGUUAAAGUUAAACUUUAGGAGGACAAGUCAAAUGGACCAGAGCUCAGUCUGGCAGCACAGCAGCUUUUUAUUAUGUGUUUGUUGUUGAACUGUGCACUGCAGCUUACAGAUGAGCUCCACAGAGCUCAAUACAUCACAAACAGACAGUCAGGAAAAUCCAAUGAUCCGUUUAAGAUGAAUAUUUAUCGAGUUAUACUUUGCUUUUGAACAGAAUGAAUCACUAAAGUUGGUAUUCAGUCUUAUAUUAAUUCACAAGAAAACUAUAUUUUCAGGUCAUUGUAAAGUUUUAUGCAGUGUUGGGAG